GACAUCGGUCAUAUCACGCCCGAGGACGCCCCGAGACAUUAUUCCCGCACCUUGGUCGUCAGGAUAAGCAGCAACGGACGUCACACAUCUAUGACUUCAGUGACAGCUACGUACUUGUCUCAGUAGCUGUGCACCAUGAAGCAACCACCUUCCUAUUCACACCUCCUCACGAAUAGAGAAGGGUUAGAUGAAGACACUUCAUACGACAGAUGCAUAGAGCACCUGCGUAGAGUGGAGUAUCCUAUGCUGGAUGGACUCACAUACCUCGAUCAUGCCGGCACUACUCUUCCAUCCAGGACGCUCAUGAUGACAUUCAGCCAACACAUGCAGACCACUCUCCUUGGCAAUCCUCACUCCUCGUCCUCCUCAGCUCCCAAUGCCGCGCACCAGAUCAUCGAAACUACACGCCGGAAGGUGCUUCACAUGUUCGGGGCAAGCCCAGAUCAUUUCGACGUGGUAUUCGUCGCCAAUGCAACCUCAGGCAUAAAGCUCGUUGUGGAAGCAUUCAGUGGGUUUGAAGAAGGCUUUGACUACUACUAUCACAGGGACUCUCACACGAGUCUCGUCGGUGUCCGUGAACUAGCGGAACGAAGUCGUUGUUUGGCGACCGAUGAAGAGGUCGAACACUGGAUCUCAAACAGAGAAUACAGCGACAAUGAACACCCGAAACGCCCAACCCUUUUUGCCUACCCAGCACAGUCCAAUAUGAACGGUCGUCGCCUUCCUCUCUCGUGGCCUACGCUCCUCCGAUGCACGCAAGGCAAGGCGCAAAUCUACACUCUCCUGGACAUCGCCGCCCUGGUAUCCACGUCCCCGAUCGACCUUAGCAAUCACACCACUGCCCCGGACUUUCUCGUCCUCUCGUUUUACAAGAUCUUCGGUUUCCCGGAUCUGGGCGCAUUGAUAGUUCGCAAAUCCGCGGGCCACGUCUUUGAAAAGAGGAAGUACUUCGGUGGAGGAACAACAGACAUGAUCACCUGCACCACCUCGCCUUGGGUUGCGCGCAAGUCUGCCUUGCGUGACCGCCUUGAAGAUGGGACGGGAGCGACGCACAGCAUCCUUGCUCUGAGCUGUGCCAUUGAUGCGCACAACCUGCUCUUCGGGGGUCUCAAGCAAGUUUCGCAGCACACUUCCUGGCUAUCCGCACGGCUCUAUGCUGGGCUUUCGGAAUUGCGCCAUGCGAAUGGAAACCCAGUGUGUAAGAUAUACAAGGACCCUACCUCCACGUACGGCGAAUCACGGACCCAAGGCGCCACUGUCGUCUUCAACAUAUGUCGAAGCGAUGGAUCUUGGAUCCCGAGCUCUACGGUAGGUAGAGUUGCCGCAGAACAUGAUAUCCUGAUCCGCACCGGCGGACUGUGUAACCCGGCGGGUAUGUCACAGGCGAUUGGUAUAGCCGACGAAGACUUGCAAGAGGCCUAUAUGAGGGGAUUUAGAUGUGGUACGGAAGAGCAUGCUUUGGGCAACAGGGAUCUGCCCAACGGAAUGGUCAGAGCUAGCUUGGGGGCGAUUAGUACAACUAAGGAUGUCGACAUCUUCCUGGAUUUCCUAAGGAAGCGCUUCGUUGAGGCCGAGGAGCAGCCAGAGAAGGUCGUGGUGGAAGUUGAAAAGCGGGAUGCACAAGAGCUAGCCGGCGUGAAGGCACACGAAACGAUCCAUCACAGCGACAACUCCAUGGAAAUCCGCACCCACGACAGCGAGGAAUCGGGUCCACACUCGUCGACCGUGGCACAGUCCCAAUUGCGAAAUCAGAAGCGUUUGCGGUGGAUCCCGCGGAGUAUCGUCGAGCUCCGCAUGCGCUCGAAGCAACGCACAGGCCGAAGGGUCGUUCCCGGCUCUCAACGAAACUCAUGAGUGGCUGGACUGCCAGUGUCGGACGGUAUCAUAAUCGAGGCUCAGCGUGAGAGAAUGACUUCUUCGCCACAUACUUGAAGACCGGUGAAGAGCGAAAUGUUUUACUUGGCUAAAACAAGCGUGUUGUGAUUUCAAGCAUUUGACUGUGUUGAGAGGCUAAUGAUGUAACUUCCC